AGAAGGCAGUGCAUUCCGCCGUAUGUGUUUGCAGGGAGGGGAAGAAGGGAUGGACACCAGGGAGGAAGUGGAAGAGGAGGAGCGGAGGAAGCCAGCGAGCAGUGUCAAUACAAUAGGCUUCUUGUGUGUGGAUGUGUGCGCCUGCUGGGAGGCUGUGAGCAGGGAGGAAAGAAAGGCUGGGGCUCCACUGCUCGGUGACGGCUGUCUGUGCUCCGGGAACCGCCGCUCGGGAAUGUUUUCUGUCAGCGACUGAACAAGACGUGAGAGAACGGGCGGCAGCGAAUGUGAGGGCGGACGAGCUCUAAAGAAGAUUCUCUAACUGAAUUGAGGAAUGGAAAUGAAAAACGCUGAUGUGAAUAAACCCUUAUAGGAUGCGUCAAGAUGAAGCGGCACAGGCACCUCAGCAGCAGCGACAGCUCAGACAAUGAAAGUCCUUCAACUUCCUUUUCUUCCUGUUUUCAGUACAGGAACAAGGCCAAAAAUACAACAGAUGAGGAAAAGAAGUCUGCUGAGGUAUUUCGGAAAGAUUUAAUCAGCGCCAUGAAGAUUCCAGAUUCCCAACAUGUAAAUAUGGAUGACUACUAUCACUUUACAGACACUUGGAAACAGGAGUGGGAGAAAGGUGUCCAAGUACCUGCUAAUCCAGAUUCCAUCCCACAGCCAUCUCUCAGGGUCGUCGCAGAAAAAGUUAAGGAGGUUCUAUAUUCUCGUCCACGAAAGUACAUUCAUUGUUCGGGUCAAGAACCAACUGAGCCUGGUUACAUCAACAUUUUGGAGUUGGCAGAGAGCAUGUGUCGCUAUGAUCUGGAUGAUAUGGACCUCUUUUGGCUCCAAGAAUGCAACCUUGAGUUAGCAGAUAUGGGCUGUGCUCCUUUGGAUGAGAAUACUAUGGAGAAGACCUUAGAAGUUCUAGAACGGCAGUGCCAUGAAAACAUGAGUCAUGCCAUAGAAACAGAAGAAGGUCUAGGAAUUGAGUAUGAUGAGGAUGUCAUUUGUGACGUGUGUCGCUCUCCGGACAGCGAGGAAGGCAAUGAUAUGGUAUUCUGUGACAGGUGCAACAUCUGCGUACACCAGGCAUGUUAUGGCAUCUUGAAGGUUCCAGAAGGCAGCUGGUUAUGUCGCACUUGUGUGUUAGGAGUUCAUCCACAGUGUAUUUUGUGUCCAAAGAGAGGAGGAGCCAUGAAACCAACAAGAACUGGAACAAAAUGGGCCCAUGUCAGCUGUGCACUAUGGAUACCUGAGGUGAGCAUUGCUUGCCCUGAAAGGAUGGAACCGAUCACAAAGCUUUCUCACAUACCUCCAAGUAGAUGGGCACUAGUCUGCAGUCUCUGCAAAUUGAAGACAGGAGCCUGCAUACAGUGCUCAGUUAAGAGUUGUAUCACCGCCUUUCAUGUCACUUGCGCAUUUGAACAGAAUUUGGACAUGAAAACUAUACUAGAUGAAGGGGAUGAAGUAAAAUUUAAGUCCUAUUGCCUAAAACACAGUGAAAACAAGCAUUGUUCAGCAGAAGCAGAUGAGCCUGACAAAACUCCUGUGGACAACAGACAAAGUGAGAGUGAAAAAACCAGCCUCCGUGCUCAGAAACUAAAGGAGUUGGAAGAAGACUUUUACACUAUGGUUAAUGUGGAUGAUGUGGCAGCUGAACUGGGAUUGCCCAAGCUAACUGUGGACUUCGUAUAUUCUUUCUGGAUGUUGAAGCGAAAAAGUAAUUUUAACAAACCACUUAUACCGCCUAAAGAGGAAGAACAGAAUGGUUUAAUCCAGCCAAAGGAAGACAGUAUUCAUACCAGAAUGAGAAUGUUUAUGCAUCUUAGGCAAGAUCUUGAAAGGGUUAGAAAUUUGUGCUACAUGGUCAAUAGAAGAGAGAAACUCAAACUGUCCCACAGUAAAGUUCAUGAGCAAAUCUUCAAUUUACAAGUUCAACUUGUCAAUCAGGAGAUGGCAGCAGGGCAACCAUUAUCAAGUGCGCUGGAAAAUACAUUAUUCUACCCUCCUCCAAGAAUAACUUUGAAGUUAAAAAUGCCAAAAUCCACAUUAGGAGACUGUAAAAACAGUUCAGUGAAAACUGGAAAACGAUCAGGCCUUCUUGAUAAGAACAAUACCACGCAUCAUAGCCGUGGCAGAGAACUAGAGAAAUCUUCAGAGGCCAUCUCUAAACACUACUCCCGUUUGGCAUCUGAAAAACGAAGGAAUGGAUUACUAGAGACUAGUAAUCCCAGAAUUGACAUUCAGGAACCAGUGACACAGCAGACUUCACGAUAUAGGAGCUCAGGGAAACCGAUGUCUUUACAAGCUGUAAUCCAGGGACAGUCUUCGAAUGGAAGUGGGAAAGUUCAACAUGAACAUCUUAACAAGUCUAAUGGAAUUUUACGUUCUAGUGCAGACAAAAUCCAAAGGGAGAGCAUAAGCCAAACAUCUCACGACCAGGAAUCAUUAGUUACAGCACAUCUGUCCAGUCCAGGAAACUAUAAAAAGUCUAACAUUGAACAUUAUAGUCGAUCAUUUAAAGAAACAACAAAUAGUUUAGUAAGAACCACGGAAGAUCUGCGAAGCUGUGAAAAACCUCAAAAAAGACAGUCUGCAAAAGAUCGUUUGUGGAACAAACAGACUAUUGAAUGUCCGUCUUCUGGAACUCCAUAUCAGGACAAUGAUGGCUAUUGUCCUGACCUAGAAUUGAGUGACUCGGAAGCUGAAAGUGAUGAAAAUAAGGACCAUAUGCGGCUAAGGAGAGGCAGCUCAAGUCAAGAAAGCCCAACCAGAGACUCAAAUAGAAAUAGUCGUAGCAGAAGCAAAAAGAAUAUGAUUCCACACAGUUCAGGACAGAGGUGAUAGCUCGUGAUUCUGAUUCCAGUUUUUUUUAUGCUUGUGCAUAUUGAAAAGCCAAAAAGAAAGCCUCCGUCUCCAGAAAUCCAGUGGUAAAGGGGAAUAAUUUUCUUUAAGGGUGGUGUGUCACGUGGCUUAUUUUGCUGCAUAUUUUCUGCUGCUGAUUUUGCUACCCAUUGAUUUCAAUGGGUAGGAAAAAAUGCGGCAUAUGCAGCAAAAUAAGAUACAUGUGACACCCUACCCUAAAGCUGGGUGAAAGGCCCUUCCAAGGAUCGGAAUGAGUCAUUAAUCUCGAAGAAGGCACAAGCAGCAGUGUUACUUUUUACUAAGUAGAGCCCAGAAUAAUAUGCACAAUUCCAUUUUUAUAUUGUUUGUAACAUUAAAAUGUUCUUAAAUAAUAUACAAUACGAAAACAUUGUUUAAUUUAUGUGGAAGCAAAACUCUGUAUCAUAGUUUUAAUAUGCUUUUAAAUAUCUUUGCUAACAAAUGAAAGUAUUACUUUGUGUAAAUACUUUGUUUUUAAUGGCGAUGUACAGGAAUUGCUUGUUGUGCAAUGCAUUUAAUGUAAAUAUUUUAACUGUAUAACUACCAGAUGCCAAUGUGUGAAUAUUGUUUACAAGAGAAAUGGUAGACUUUCAUUAUUUAUCAACAAAUUUUCAGUCGCACUGAAAAGAUGAGCUCAGCAUGGUGCAUAUGCAUGAAGAAUCAUCCACGUGAGCCAUAACAUUUACAUAAAUUUACAACAAAACACACUACUCUGUAUGCUUUCACCCCAACCCUGAAAAAACCCUCAAUAGGUCUUCCUAAGCAGUUGCAAUACUUAAAGGGGUACAUGGUGGAAAACUAUUUUUAUAUUAUUUUUUUUUUUUAAAUCAACUGGUGCCAGAAAGUUAAAC